GCCUUUCGUGUAGAAUGGGUGGAGACAGAUAAGCAGUCUGCAAAGGGUUAGACAUGGCUGUGACACAGAAUGAUACAGAAACAGCUGCCACUGGAGAUAUGCCAACUUACCAAAUCCGAACCCCAACUACCACCUUACCUCAGGGAGUGGUAAUGGCAACCUCACCAGGGACAUUGCAUAGUCCACAACAGCUGGCAGAAGAGGCUACACGUAAACGGGAGCUCAGGCUAAUGAAAAACAGGGAGGCUGCUCGUGAAUGUCGCAAAAAGAAGAAGGAGUAUGUCAAGUGUCUUGAAAAUCGAGUCGCUGUGCUUGAAAAUCAAAACAAGACUCUUAUCGAGGAACUCAAGGCCCUAAAAGACUUGUACUGCCAUAAAACAGAUUAACAGCUUCAAACUGCCACUUUCAUACUUUUUGAACUCUGACCCAGGCAUGAGAUGUUGCAGUUCCAUGGACUACCAGGUGGAGUUGGGACAGGGACACUUUUGAGCAUGAUGUACUCCAUUUUGCUUUGUAUUUUAACCUAGCCUAUGAAUUCAGUUGCAAGUUUGGGAGCUUGGGGAGGGCUGAUGGGUGUGUUGCAGAAUCAUGUUGACCUAUAAUACUGGAAUUGUUCCAGAAGCCCUGAUGUUGCAUAGCAUAUCAAGUAUUUCUCGUUCCUUUUUUGCUUCUGCUGUUUGCAGGGAGGCUGCCAAAGAAUGUCGACGUCGAAAAAAGGAAUAUGUAAAGUGUCUGGAAAGUCGUGUUGCAGUGCUGGAAACCCAAAACAAGCAGCUAAUCGAGGAACUCAAAACAUUGAAAGAACUUUAUUGUGAUAAAUCAGAGUAGUAUUUGUGAUCUGAGUUCUGACCAAUUUGAUGUCUACAGCAUCUUUCUUUGAAGAUGAAGCCUCUGCAGCUUCAGACUGCUUUUUAUUUUUUGCUUUGCAAAACUACGUAGACAACAUCAGAAACUUUAACCUGUAACAUUUCUCAGAAGUUAUUCACAGUAAUAUAUUUUGUUAAGUGUUUGUUGUAUAACGAAAAUUGUGAAAAAAAUGAACAAAAAAACUUUUGUAAAAACAAUUAGUUAAAUGUGUAUAUACAUAUAAUGUACCUGUUACAAUGUACUGCAGUACUUGCUGAAGUUGUUCUAUUUGUUAAACAUUUGCAUUUAAGAUUUAUGUGUUGUGCAUUAUAUGCUGUCCUGAAGAAUACAAUGUAAUAUUAUUUUUAUAGGUGUUUAUUGUUCUUUUAGUGCCCUAUCAUAUAAAUACAAAUUUAAAAAGAUAUGCAGGGUAAUUGAAUAAAAUAAAUCAGAAGAAAUUUGCCCUAUAUAAGAAAAAAACUACCUUUAAAAAGGGGUGGGGGUUUAGAAAAGAAAAAAUGUGUCAUUGGCUAAUUAUAUGUAAAGAGAGUGUUAUAUUCAGUAGCUUGCAAAACAUUUGGAAUUUCUGGUUACUUUUUGACUUUUAUAUAUGUUAUUUUGUAAAAUGUAGCUCUGUACUGCUGUCAGUCCAUGCUUAUGUAGUUCAAGGAUUGGAAAUAGGUUUUAAUAGAACCACAUUGGUUA